UAAACUGUCACUUAAAAGAAACUCCUGUUCAUUUUGUUGAUUAAAGCAGUGGUUCACAACUUUUAUUGAGCUAAGGUACAGAACAAUGAGGCACCAAGUGAGAUAUGGAGACAUUUUGCUUACACCGCCGACAGUCAGGAUGAGCCCAAAGAUACCACCGAUUAAGUCUGCCGAGCCUGAUAUAAUUUACAGUUUGGCCAAACAGCUGGCUGGCUGAACACAAUCGUCAAAGAAUAAGCGACAAGUUAGACUCAUUUAAACAACUCCAAAUAGUGUAUAUAGUAGUAGUAGUAGUAGUGUAACAAGUGUCGAUUAUUUAGUGACGAGCAUCAUUGUGCUCCCCUAAUUGCAUUUGACGAGGCAAUCAAAAAUGGCUCGCUAAAAAAUGUGAUCGCGACCAGUGUUGCCACAGUUACCCUGGAAAAGUAACUUAGUUACUUUACUGAUUACUUAGCUUAAUGCUACUUUGUAACGUGCUACUGGCAUCACUGAUGCCCAACACACUAGUGCCUUGAGAUACGAGUGGCCCGACUUGUGAGUUUUUCGAGAUACGAGCUGCUGUUUGUUUGUUUUUUGUUCUUUUUUGCUUUGAAAAAAAAAAAAACUUGACAUGAUUUAUGGAGGCAGGGAAUAUAAUUCACAAGCAGCAGCUUGGCAGUGUAAAGAAAAGGCUUCAAGCUGUUUAAUGCCACUUUCAAUUAGUUAAAUGUCAAAAUGUGAAACUAGGAGUUACACAUCCAUCCAUCCAUUUUCCGAGCCGCUUCUCCUCACUGGGGUCGCAGGGAGUGCCGGAGCCUAUCCCAGCUAUCUUCGGGCAGGAGGCGGGGUACACCCUCAACUGGUUGCCAGCCAAUCGCAGGGCACAUAGAAACAACCAACCAUUCACGCCUACGGGCAAUUUAGAGUCUUCAAUUAAACUACCACGCAUGUUUUUGGGAUGUGGGAGGAAACCGGAGUGCCCGGAGAAAAGCCACACAGGCACGGGGAGAACAUGCAAACUCCACACAGCCGGGGCCGGGGAUUGAACCCCGGUGGAGUUACACAUUUAAAAGAUAAUCAUAACUUUGCCUUGAAGUCCACUAGCUUAAUGCCAACACAUAAUGGGAAAUACCAUUAAUGGGCUAACGAAUAGCAUCUGCGUGGUGGUGUUAUAACGCUUUUUAAGCAACGAAUGAACCAGUCAGUGGGAAGCGUUACAUCGAUUUGAUUUAUUUAUUUUUAGACUGGGACGGGUGCAACGCGGGGGAGGGGAGGGGAGGGAAAGCUUGAACCACAUUCCCGGUGUGCGAGCGGCCAAGCGUGAAAUGGGACGCACUCCAUCGAGUGAAAAAACGCAUUGAUCCCACAGUGUGUUUGCAGGUUCAACUUCAUUAAUUUUCACUUCAUAUACUUUGAUUAUCCUGCAGGAAAUUAAAAGAGUAUAAAUAUGUAUUACAUCAGAAAUCCACAGUGAAGCUCUGCAGCACCAGCCAAAUAUCAGAAAAUCGACCCCAUCGAGUGGGCGUUUUCCGUCCCGACCCAGGGAUCCAACUGGUUGGUGGAGGCCAAGCAAUAGAACGUGCAUGUGUUGCAUGUAUGUAGCGUGUGAGAACAGCGCUGCAAGGGGAAACGGCAAGAGAGCUUCGCCGCCAUCGAUCGGCUCUCCCGCUCUGAACGAAGGGUCGCAGCGGCUGGCAGGGAUCAUUAGUUGGUUUGUCCCGUUUUGCGGCAGCAACACUGCGAGUCGAAGAUGGUUGUGGUUUUGGUAGCUCUUUAAAUUGGAGGGGGGGGGGGCGGGGAGGAAGGAGCCUUUCGGGACAACAGUUCAUAUCCAGGAUGAAAGAUCUCAUGUAAUGCAAAUCAUCUAAAAUGGGUGACUGGAACUUCCUGGGUGGCAUCUUGGAGGAGGUGCACAUCCACUCCACCAUGGUGGGCAAGAUCUGGCUGACCAUCCUGUUCAUCUUCCGCAUGCUGGUGCUGGGCGUGGCCGCCGAGGACGUGUGGAACGACGAGCAGUCGGACUUCAUCUGCAACACGGAGCAGCCGGGCUGCCGCAACGUGUGUUACGAUCAGGCCUUCCCCAUCUCGCUCAUCCGCUACUGGGUCCUGCAGGUCAUCUUCGUCUCCUCGCCCUCGCUGGUCUACAUGGGCCACGCCAUCUACCGGCUGCGCGCCCUGGAGAAAGAGCGGCACUGCAAGAAGGUGGCGCUACGCCGCGAGCUGGAGUCGGUGGACGCCGAGAUGGCGGACGCCCGGCGCCGAAUCGAGAAGGAGAUGCGGGGGCUGGAACAGGGCAAGCUCAAUAAGGCCCCGCUGAGGGGUUCGCUCCUUUGUACCUACGUGGCGCACAUCGUCACCCGCGCCCUGGUGGAGGUCAGCUUCAUGACGGGCCAGCUGGUCCUCUACGGGCACCGCCUCAGCCCGCUCUACAAGUGUGAUCGCCAGCCCUGCCCCAACGUGGUGGACUGCUUCGUGUCGCGGCCCACCGAGAAAACCGUUUUCAUGGUCUUCAUGCAGGUGAUCGCCUGCAUUUCCUUGUUCCUCAGCCUCCUGGAGAUCAUGCACCUGGGCUACAAGAAGAUUAAGAAGGGCAUUCUGGAAUACUACCCACAUAUCAAGGAGGAUCUGGAUGACUUCUACGUUAACAAGUCCAAGAACAACUCGGUGGUGCACCAGGUGUGUGUGGGCACCUCGGCGGGGGGCCGCAAGGCCACCAUCCCCACGGCGCCCAGCAGCUACACCUUGCUGCUGGAGAAACAGGGCAACGGGCCCAACUACCCGCUGCUCAACACCGCAUCGGCUUUCGUACCCAUCCAGGAAGACCCGUGCGUCAAGCCGGCGGGCUUCCAGGAGAGCAAGGAGGGCGUCCCCAGCCCCACCGAUCAGAACAGCAACAACACAAGCAGCGAAACCCGCUCGCCACCUGCCGACAAGGACGCCGACGAGCCGGACCGCGCCGAGUACCCCGCCUCCUCCGACCCGGCCUCCUGCGCCACUCUCCCGGUCGUGGCCCGGAAGUCCCGGAGACCGAGUCCGCAGUGGAACUGCUCCACGGUCCUGGAGGGCAACGCGUCAGACAGCGGGGACUCCUACCGGGGCGGCCCCGUGAAGCUCCGCGGAGGAAACGGAAGCGCGGGCCCGCGCGCCAGGAACCUGCUCUCCAAGUCGGACAGCGUGAGGAGGCCCGGCAGGCCCCAGAGCCCGGACUCGGGCGGCGACGCCAGCUCGCCGUCCCGACGCAGCCGAGACAGCCCCAGCCCCGCCGCCUCCUCCCCCAAACGGCGGGUGUCGGUGACCAGCAGCGGCGGCAGCAGCAGCAGGCGGGCGCCCGCCGCCCUGCAGAUUUGACGGGCCCCUCUCUGGCGGACAGUUUGUGACAGGCAAAGGUGGGAAGUAACGAAAUACAAAUACUUCGUUACAGUACUUAAGUAGAUUAUUCAGGUAUCUGGACUUAAGUACUUAUUUUCCUGGUGGGAAGGCAGUGGUGGAAAGUAACAAAGUACAAAUACUUGGUCACAGUUCUCUGGAUCUUUAUUUUUCUGACAAAUUUCAGGCAUUUUUCAACCUCUGCAGUGUAACAAAGUACAAAUACUUCAUGAUACAGGAAGUCCUCGAUUUACGAACCAGUUCCGUUCCUACGCCGGCGACGUAACACCAUUUCCCGCGUAAGUCUGAUUUCACCGUUAAAGUCGAAAUACUUCUGUUACCGGUAUUCUCCCACGUGAUUGUGACAGCAAGCGUGUGAGAGAGACAGGAGCGCUGCGCCGGUGCGAGUGUGUGCCGUGGCAAGUGUCGUGACGGCGAUUAGCGGAGGACCCGUUGACGUCGAAUGUGCAGGGGAGCUAAUAACGCCGUUACAGCAGCAAAUCGGCGCUUCGUGCCUUUAUUGUUGCCGCCGCCCAGUGGCGGACGAGGCGCGGGCGUCGUCAAGUCGAAACGUCGUAGGUCGAGCGCGGCGUAACUCGAGGACGUCCUGUAGUGCUUGGGUAGAUUUUUCAGGCAUCUGCACGAGAGUAGCGCUAUUUCUUUUUACUUGGACCCCCCCCCCCCCCCCCCCGCAUUUGAAAACGGCUUUCAACCCUACUGUGUCAAAGUAGGCCGUUGACUUUUGUCAACCAACCAGACGACACGACGUAAACGAGACGAAAACCGGCAUCAUCGUUGGGCCAGGGCGAGCUACCGCUUAAAAAUCAACAUGCCAAAUGGAAUGUAAAUAUUUG